AGUACGUUUCCUGAUGGGUGGACGUCACGGAGAAUUUAAGUUCCUGCCUCCCUCUGGCUAUGCCCCUUGCUACGAAGCCUUACUUCCAAAAGAGAAGAUGAGAUUGGAGCCUGUCAAAGAAUAUAAGCGUGACACUGAAGGUGUUAGAGAUCUGCUGGGUACCACCCAGUUCCUCUCCCAAGCCUCUUUUAUCCCGUGCCCCAUAGACACCAGUCAGGUUGUUUUGCCACCUCACUUAGAGAAGAUCCGAGACAGACUGGCUGAAAACAUCCACGAGCUUUGGGGAAUGAAUAAAAUAGAGCUUGGCUGGACAUUUGGCAAGGUUCGGGAUGACAAUAAAAGACAACAUCCCUGCCUUGUAGAGUUUUCAAAGCUCCCCGAAACUGAGAAGAAUUAUAACCUGCAGAUGUCAACUGAAACCUUAAAAACCCUCCUGGCCCUGGGGUGCCACAUUGCUCAUGUUAAUCCAGAUGCUGAGGAGGAUCUCAAGAAGGUCAAACUGCCCAAAAACUACGCGAUGUCCAAUGGCUAUAAGCCAGCCCCUUUGGAUUUGUCUGAUGUGAAGCUGUUACCUCCUCAAGAAGUUUUAGUGGAUAAGCUUGCAGAAAACGCACACAAUGUUUGGGCAAAAGACAGAAUCAAACAAGGAUGGACCUAUGGCAUUCAACAGGAUUUGAAGAACAAAAGAAACCCCCGUCUGGUGCCAUAUGCAUUACUAGACGAGCGUACCAAGAAGUCAAACAGGGACAGCUUGCGUGAAGCUGUUCGGACGUUUAUUGGUUAUGGGUAUAACAUUGAGCCAUCAGACCAAGAACUAGCUGACCCAGCUGUGGAGAAGGUCAGCAUAGACAAGAUCCGAUUUUUCCGGGUGGAGCGGUCUUAUGCAGUGAGAUCUGGAAAGUGGUAUUUUGAGUUUGAGGUGGUGACUGGAGGAGACAUGCGGGUCGGCUGGGCCAGGCCAGGCUGUCGGCCUGAUGUUGAACUGGGGGCUGAUGACCAAGCCUUUGUGUUUGAAGGCAGCAGGGGUCAGCGUUGGCAUCAAGGGAGUGGGUAUUUUGGGCGUACCUGGCAGACAGGAGAUGUGGUCGGAUGUAUGAUUAACCUGGAUGAUGCUUCAAUGAUCUUCACACUGAAUGGGGAGCUGCUGAUCACCAACAAAGGUUCUGAACUUGCCUUCGCUGACUACGAGAUUGAGAAUGGCUUCGUGCCCAUCUGCUGUCUGGGGCUGUCUCAGAUCGGCCGCAUGAACCUCGGGACAGAUGCCAGUACCUUCAAGUUUUAUACCAUGUGUGGCCUCCAAGAAGGCUUUGAACCUUUCGCUGUCAACAUGAACCGAGAUGUCGCAAUGUGGUUCAGCAAGCGCCUGCCGACAUUUGUCAAUGUGCCAAAGGAUCACCCACACAUAGAGGUUGUGAGGAUUGAUGGUACCAUGGACAGCCCUCCGUGCCUCAAGGUGGUGCACAAGACGUUUGGCACACAGAAUAGCAAUGCCAGCAUGAUCUACUGCCGCCUGAGCAUGCCCGUCGAGUGCCACUCCUCCUUCAGCCACAGCCCCUGUCUGGACAGUGAUGCUUUCCAGAAAAGGAAACAGAUGCAAGAAAUACUCUCUCAUACAACAACACAGUGCUACUACGCCAUCCGCAUCUUUGCCGGACAGGACCCCUCCUGCGUCUGGGUCGGAUGGGUGACCCCAGACUAUCACUUGUACAGUGAAAAGUUUGACCUGAAUAAAAACUGUAUGGUGACUGUCACCCUGGGGGAUGAGAGAGGCCGGGUCCAUGAAAGCGUGAAACGCAGCAACUGCUACAUGGUCUGGGGUGGGGACAUUGUGGCCAGCUCCCAAAGAUCAAGUCGGAGCAACGUGGACCUGGAGAUCGGCUGCCUCGUGGACCUGGCGAUGGGCAUGUUGUCCUUCUCAGCCAAUGGGAAAGAACUGGGCACCUGCUACCAGGUGGAGCCCAAUACCAAAGUGUUUCCAGCAGUCUUCCUGCAGCCUACAAGUACUUCUUUGUUUCAGUUUGAACUUGGGAAGCUGAAGAAUGCAAUGCCCUUGUCGGCGGCCAUAUUUAAAAGUGAAGAGAAGAACCCAGUUCCGCAGUGUCCGCCUCGGCUGGACGUCCAGACCAUCCAGCCCGUGCUCUGGAGCCGCAUGCCCAGCAGCUUCCUGAAGGUGGAGACAGAACGGGUGAGCGAGCGCCAUGGCUGGGCGGUGCAGUGUCUGGAGCCCCUGCAGAUGAUGGCGCUCCACAUCCCCGAGGAGAACAGGUGUGUGGAUAUCUUGGAGCUCUGUGAGCAGGAGGACCUGAUGCAGUUCCAUUAUCACACGCUGAGGCUCUACAGCGCCGUGUGCGCCCUGGGAAACAGCCGAGUAGCCUAUGCCUUGUGCAGCCACGUGGACGUCUCCCAGCUCUUCUAUGCCAUUGACAACAAGUACCUCCCUGGCCUCCUUCGAUCUGGUUUCUAUGACCUGCUCAUCAGCAUCCACCUGGCCAAUGCUAAGGAGAGGAAGCUGAUGAUGAAGAAUGAGUACAUCAUCCCCAUUACCAGCACCACCAGGAAUAUCCGCCUGUACCCAGACGAGUCUAAGAGGCACGGACUGCCUGGGGUGGGCCUCAGAACAUGCCUCAAGCCAGGGUUCAGGUUCUCCACCCCUUGCUUUGUCAUGACCAGUGAUGAGCACCAGAAGCAAAGCCCCGAGAUUCCCUUGGAGAUUCUCAAGACGAAGGCGCUGGGCAUGCUGACAGAGGCAGUGCAGUGCAGCGGGGCCCACAUCCGGGACCCCGUUGGGGGAUCUGUGGAGUUCCAGUUUGUGCCUGUGCUGAAACUCACUGGGACCCUGCUGGUCAUGGGGGUGUUUGAUGAUGAUGAUGUUCGGCAGAUCCUCCUCCUGAUCGAUCCCUCUGUGUUUGGGGAGCACAGUGGGGAGACAGAGGAGGGAGCAGAAAAGGAAGAAGUAACCCAGGUGGAGGAGAAGGCAGUGGAGGCUGGGGAGAAGGCCAGCAAGGAGGCUCCAGUCAAAGGCUUGUUGCAGACCCGAUUACCUGAGUCCGUCAAGCUGCAGAUGUGUGAGCUCCUCAGCUAUCUCUGUGACUGUGAGCUACAGCACCGAGUGGAGGCCAUUGUGGCAUUUGGUGACAUUUAUGUCUCCAAGCUGCAGGCAAAUCAGAAGUUUCGCUACAAUGAGCUCAUGCAGGCCCUGAACAUGUCUGCAGCCCUGACCGCCCGGAAGACCAGGGAGUUCCGCUCACCCCCGCAGGAACAGAUCAACAUGCUUCUUAACUUUCAACUGGGAGAGAAUUGCCCCUGCCCAGAGGAGAUCCGGGAAGAGCUGUAUGACUUCCAUGAGGAUCUUCUCAGUCACUGUGGAGUUCCCCUGGAGGAAGAGGAGGAGGAGGAGGAAGAUAGCUCCUGGACAGGAAAACUCUGUGCCUUGGUGUAUAAAAUCAAAGGCCCACCCAAGCCAGAGAAGGAGCAGCCAGCGGAGGAGGAGGAGAGAUGCCCUACAACACUGAAGGAGCUCAUCUCACAGACCAUGAUCCGCUGGGCCCAGGAAGACCAGAUCCAAGAUGCAGAGCUGGUUAGGAUUAUGUUCAACCUCCUCCGGAGACAAUACGAUAGCAUUGGGGAGCUGCUGCAGGCGCUGAGGAAGACCUACACCAUCAGCCAGGCCUCCGUGAGUGAUACCAUCAACCUGCUGGCUGCCCUGGGCCAGAUUCGCUCCCUCCUUAGCGUCAGGAUGGGCAAGGAAGAGGAGCUGCUCAUGAUCAAUGGGCUGGGGGACAUAAUGAACAACAAGGUGUUUUACCAACAUCCUAACCUCAUGAGAGUCCUUGGCAUGCAUGAGACGGUGAUGGAAGUGAUGGUGAACGUGUUGGGGACAGAGAAGUCCCAGAUUGCUUUCCCAAAGAUGGUUGCUAGCUGCUGCCGCUUCCUUUGCUAUUUCUGUCGAAUUAGCCGGCAAAAUCAGAAGGCCAUGUUUGAGCAUCUGAGUUACCUGCUGGAGAAUAGCAGUGUUGGCCUAGCCUCCCCAUCGAUGAGGGGGUCCACCCCACUGGAUGUGGCAGCUUCCUCCGUGAUGGAUAACAACGAGUUAGCUCUGAGCUUAGAGGAACCAGACCUCGAGAAGGUGGUCACCUACUUGGCAGGCUGUGGCCUACAGAGCUGCCCCAUGCUUCUAGCCAAAGGAUACCCUGACAUUGGCUGGAACCCCAUUGAAGGGGAACGCUACCUGUCCUUCCUGAGGUUUGCCGUCUUCGUGAACAGUGAAAGUGUGGAAGAAAACGCUAGUGUCGUGGUCAAGCUGCUCAUCAGACGCCCAGAGUGCUUUGGCCCAGCCCUGCGGGGCGAGGGAGGAAAUGGCCUAUUGGCAGCCAUGCAGGGUGCCAUCAAGAUCUCAGAGAACCCAGCACUUGACCUCCCCUCUCAGGGAUACAAGAGAGAAGUCACAGAGGACAAUGGAGAGGAAGAAGAGAUUGUCCAUAUGGGCAAUGCCAUUAUGUCAUUUUAUUCAGCUCUUAUAGAUCUACUGGGCCGCUGUGCACCUGAAAUGCACCUUAUCCGGACAGGAAAGGGGGAAGCCAUCCGCAUCAGGUCCAUCCUGCGCUCCCUGGUCCCCACAGAGGACCUGGUUGGGAUCAUCAGCAUCCCCUUGAAGUUGCCCUCCCUGAACAAAGAUGGAUCAGUCAGCGAGCCAGACAUGGCAGCCAACUUCUGCCCCGACCACAAGGCACCCAUGGUGCUGUUCUUGGACCGCGUUUACGGCAUUAAGGAUCAAACUUUUCUGCUCCACUUGCUGGAGGUUGGAUUUUUACCUGACUUAAGAGCCUCUGCCUCUCUAGAUACAGUUUCCCUAAGCACCACAGAGGCUGCGCUUGCACUAAAUCGGUAUAUAUGUUCUGCUGUGCUCCCACUGCUUACAAGAUGUGCACCUCUCUUUGCUGGAACAGAACACUACACCUCUCUGAUCGAUUCUACACUGCAAACAAUAUACAGGCUUUCCAAGGGACGUUCCCUCACCAAAGCACAGAGGGACACCAUAGAAGAAUGUUUGCUUGCCAUUUGCAAUCACUUGAGGCCUUCUAUGUUACAGCAACUCCUGCGACGUCUUGUUUUUGAUGUGCCACAACUCAGCGAAUACUGCAAAAUGCCUCUCAAGCUUCUGACAAAUCACUACGAGCAGUGCUGGAAGUAUUACUGUCUGCCUUCAGGAUGGGGGAGCUACGGUCUGGCCGUGGAGGAAGAACUGCACCUAACAGAGAAGCUCUUCUGGGGGAUUUUUGACUCCCUGUCCCAUAAGAAAUAUGAUCCAGAUCUUUUCCGAAUGGCUCUCCCUUGUCUCAGUGCUAUAGCUGGUGCCUUACCACCAGAUUAUGUAGAUACCAGAAUCACAGCCACACUGGAGAAACAAGUCUCAGUGGAUGCAGAUGGCAACUUCGACCCCAAACCUAUCAAUACCAUGAAUUUUUCCUUGCCUGAAAAAUUGGAAUACAUCGUCACCAAGUAUGCUGAGCAUUCACAUGAUAAAUGGGCCUGUGACAAGAGUCAGAGUGGAUGGAAAUAUGGAAUUUCUCUGGAUGAAAAUGUGAAGACCCACCCACUGAUAAGGCCUUUCAAGACGUUAACAGAGAAGGAGAAGGAAAUUUAUCGCUGGCCUGCCAGAGAGUCCCUCAAAACCAUGCUAGCUGUGGGCUGGACUGUGGAGAGAACCAAAGAGGGAGAGGCUUUGGUUCAACAGCGGGAAAACGAGAAGCUUCGAAGUGUGUCCCAGGCCAGCCAGGGCAGCAGCUACAGCCCUGCUCCCCUCGACCUCUCUAAUGUCGUGCUCUCCAGGGAGCUCCAGGGCAUGGUGGAGGUCGUGGCUGAGAACUAUCACAAUAUCUGGGCCAAGAAGAAAAAGCUGGAGCUGGAGAGCAAAGGUGGCGGCACUCACCCUCUGUUGGUACCAUAUGACACCUUGACUGCCAAGGAAAAGUUCAGGGACCGAGAGAAGGCUCAGGAUCUGUUUAAAUUCCUCCAAGUGAAUGGCAUUGUAGUUUCCAGAGGUGUGAAGGACAUGGAGCUGGAUGCCUCCUCCAUGGAAAAGAGGUUUGCCUAUAAGUUUUUGAAGAAAAUCCUGAAAUAUGUUGAUUCCGCUCAAGAGUUUAUUGCCCAUUUGGAAGCCAUUGUCAGCAGUGGGAAAACUGAAAAGUCUCCCCAUGACCAGGAGAUCAAAUUCUUUGCCAAAGUUCUCCUCCCACUGGUUGACCAGUACUUCACCAACCACCGCCUCUACUUCUUGUCUUCCCCUGUGAAGCCCCUUAGCAGCAGCGGGUAUGCCUCCCAUAAAGAGAAAGAAAUGGUGGCCAGCCUAUUCUGCAAACUUGCUGCUUUGGUUAGACACAGGAUUUCCUUAUUUGGUAGUGAUUCUACUACGAUGGUGAGCUGUCUUCACAUCUUAGCUCAAACACUUGACACAAGGACUGUCAUGAAGUCAGGCUCAGAGCUGGUGAAGGCUGGGUUGCGAGCAUUCUUUGAAAAUGCUGCAGAAGACUUGGAAAAGACCUCGGAAAACCUGAAGCUUGGGAAGUUUACCCAUUCCAGAACACAGAUUAAAGGCGUUUCUCAGAAUAUUAAUUAUACCACAGUGGCUUUGCUCCCCAUCCUGACGUCCAUCUUUGAGCACAUCGCUCAGCAUCAGUUUGGAGUGGAUCUACUCUUGAGUGACGUGCAGAUUUCAUGCUACCACAUACUGUGCAGCCUCUACUCCCUUGGGACAGGAAAGAACAUCUAUGUUGAAAGGCAACGUCCUGCCCUUGGAGAAUGUCUGGCUUCACUGGCAGCCGCCAUACCAGUGGCAUUCCUGGAGCCCACCCUUAACCGCUAUAAUCCACUCUCGGUCUUCAACACCAAAACCCCCAGGGAGAGGUCCAUUCUGGGGAUGCCGGACAUGGUGGAAGAGAUGUGUCCUGACAUCCCCCAGCUGGAAGGCUUGAUGAAGGAAAUCAAUGACCUGUCUGAGUCUGGGGCCCGGUACACAGAGAUGCCCCACGUCAUCGAGGUCAUCUUGCCCAUGCUCUGCAACUACCUGUCCUACUGGUGGGAGAGGGGACCUGAGCACCUUCCUCCCAGCACAGGACCCUGCUGCACCAAGGUCACCUCUGAGCACCUCAGUCUCAUCCUGGGCAAUAUUCUAAAGAUCAUCAACAACAACCUGGGCAUUGAUGAGGCCUCCUGGAUGAAGCGCAUUGCAGUGUACGCCCAGCCGAUCAUCAGCAAAGCCAGGCCCGACCUGCUGAGAAGCCACUUCAUCCCAACUCUGGAGAAGCUGAAGAAAAAGGCCGUCAAAACGGUGCAGGAGGAGGAGCAGCUGAGAGCUGAUGGCAAAGGCGACACCCAGGAGGCGGAGCUCCUCAUCCUGGAUGAGUUCGCUGUCCUCUGCAGGGAUCUCUACGCCUUCUACCCCAUGCUGAUCCGCUACGUGGACAACAACAGAUCUAACUGGCUCAAAAGCCCUGAUGCCGAUUCUGACCAGCUAUUCCGCAUGGUGGCAGAGGUCUUCAUCCUGUGGUGUAAAUCUCACAACUUCAAGAGGGAGGAGCAAAAUUUUGUGAUUCAAAACGAAAUUAAUAAUUUGGCAUUUUUAACUGGAGACAGCAAAAGCAAGAUGUCAAAAGCCAUGCAAGUAAAGGUGGCUGCACUCAAGAAGAUGCUGCCUAUUGGCCUGAAUAUGUGCACUCCAGGAGAUCAGGAGCUGAUCUCCCUCGCAAAAUCACGAUAUAGCUAUAGGGACACAGAUGAAGAGGUCAAAGAACAUCUGCGGAAUAACUUGCAUUUGCAGGAAAAGUCUGAUGACCCAGCUGUAAAAUGGCAACUGAACCUCUACAAAGAUGUUCUGAAAAGUGAAGAACCUUCCAAUCCAGAAAAGACAGUGGAGCGUGUGCAGAGAAUUUCAGCAGCUGUCUUCCACCUGGAGCAGGUGGAACAGCCUUUGAGGUCCAAGAAGGCCGUCUGGCACAAACUAUUGUCAAAGCAACGGAAACGGGCAGUGGUGGCCUGUUUCAGGAUGGCCCCUCUGUACAACCUGCCCAGGCACCGCUCUAUUAACCUCUUCCUCCAUGGCUAUCAGAGAUUUUGGAUAGAAACAGAGGAGUAUUCCUUUGAAGAGAAACUAGUACAGGAUUUGGCUAAAUCUCCCAAGGUGGAAGAGGAGGAAGAGGAAGAGACGGAAAAGCAACCUGACCCACUUCAUCAGAUCAUUCUCCAUUUUAGCCGCAAUGCUCUCACUGAGAGGAGCAAAUUGGAAGAUGACUCUUUGUACACCUCCUAUUCCAGCAUGAUGGCCAAGAGUUGUCAUAGUGGUGAGGAGGAAGAAGAGGAGGAAGACAAAGAGAAAACAUUUGAAGAGAAAGAGAUGGAGAAGCAGAAAACCCUGUAUCAGCAAGCUCGGCUGCAUGAGCGUGGUGCCGCAGAGAUGGUCCUUCAGAUGAUAAGCGCCAGCAAAGGUGAGAUGAGCCCCAUGGUGGUUGAGACUCUGAAGCUGGGGAUCGCCAUUCUGAAUGGAGGCAACGCUGGUGUGCAACAGAAAAUGUUAGACUAUCUAAAGGAGAAAAAGGAUGCUGGAUUCUUUCAAAGCCUUUCUGGUCUUAUGCAGUCUUGCAGUGUCCUUGAUUUGAAUGCAUUUGAGAGGCAGAAUAAAGCUGAAGGCCUGGGGAUGGUUACUGAAGAAGGAACACUCAUUGUUCGUGAGCGUGGUGAAAAAGUACUCCAGAAUGACGAGUUCACACGAGAUCUCUUCAGAUUCCUACAGUUGCUUUGUGAGGGACAUAAUAGCGACUUUCAGAACUUCCUGCGGACGCAGAUGGGCAACACCACCACCGUGAACAUCAUCAUCAGCACUGUGGACUACCUUCUCCGUCUGCAGGAAUCAAUCAGUGAUUUCUACUGGUAUUAUUCAGGGAAGGAGAUUAUUGAUGAAUCUGGACAGCACAAUUUUUCCAAGGCUCUGGCAGUCACCAAGCAGAUCUUCAAUUCUCUUACAGAAUAUAUCCAGGGCCCUUGUAUUGGGAACCAGCAGAGCCUGGCUCACAGCAGGCUGUGGGACGCGGUGGUCGGCUUCCUGCACGUAUUUGCUAACAUGCAGAUGAAACUCUCUCAGGAUUCCAGUCAGAUCGAGCUGCUGAAGGAACUCUUGGAUCUCCUUCAGGACAUGGUGGUGAUGCUUCUGUCCCUCCUGGAAGGGAAUGUGGUAAAUGGAACUAUUGGCAAGCAGAUGGUUGACACACUGGUAGAAUCAUCUGCCAACGUAGAAAUGAUCUUGAAAUUCUUUGACAUGUUCUUGAAACUUAAAGACUUAACCAGCUCAGACACCUUCAAAGAAUAUGACCCAGAUAGUAAAGGGAUUAUCUCCAAAAAAGAAUUCCAGAAGGCUAUGGAAGGACAAAAGCAGUACACACAGUCAGAGAUUGACUUUCUCCUUUCAUGUGCAGAAGCUGAUGAGAAUGACAUGUUUAAUUACAUUGACUUUGUUGACCGUUUCCAUGAGCCGGCCAAGGACAUAGGGUUUAAUGUGGCAGUGUUACUGACAAAUCUUUCUGAACACAUGCCAAAUGAUUCUCGCCUGAAGUGUCUGUUGGACCCAGCAGAAAGUGUGCUAAAUUAUUUCGAACCAUACCUGGGACGAAUCGAGAUCAUGGGUGGGGCCAAGAAAAUUGAGCGUGUUUAUUUUGAAAUCAGUGAAUCCAGUCGAACUCAAUGGGAGAAGCCCCAAGUGAAGGAAUCUAAGCGACAGUUCAUUUUCGAUGUUGUCAACGAAGGUGGGGAGCAAGAAAAGAUGGAACUGUUCGUGAACUUCUGUGAGGAUACAAUCUUUGAAAUGCAGUUAGCAUCUCAGAUCUCUGAAUCCGACUCAGCUGAUCGGCCAGAAGAGGAGGAGGAGGGAGGCGAAGAUUCUUCUUACGUGUUAGAAAUCGAGGGUGAGGAGGAGGAAGACAAGUCUUUUGAGUCUGCCUCUGCAUUUGCCAUGGCCUGUGCCUCAGUGAAGAGAAAUGUUGCCAACUUUCUGAAGAGGGCAACCCUGAAGAACCUCAGGAAGCAGUACAGGACCGUGAAAAAGAUGACAGCAAAGGAGCUGGUGAAAGUGUUCUUCUCUUUUUUCUGGAUGUUGUUCGUGGGGCUAUUCCAGUUGUUCUUUGCCAUAUUGGGAGGAAUCUUUCAGAUCCUCUGGAACACAGUGUUUGGGGGGGGCCUAGUUGAAGGAGCAAAGAACAUCAGAGUGACCAAGAUCCUGGGCGACAUGCCCGACCCAACCCAAUUUGGUAUCCAUGAUGAUGCUCUGGAGGCUGAGAGGGCAGAGCCAGGCAUCACAGCUGAACUAGUACAUUUCGUAAAAGGUGAGAAGGGAGAUAUGGACGUUAUGUCAGACCUCUUUGGACUUCGCCCAAAGAAAGAAGGUGGCUUAAAACAUGGGCCUGAAGUGGGUUUGGGUGACCUCUCUGAAAUUGUUGGCAAGGAUGAACCCCCUACAUUAGAGAGUACUGUACAGAAGAAAAGGAAAGCACAGGCAGCAGAGAUGAAAGCAGCACAUGACGCAGAAGGAAAAGUAGAAUAUGAGAAGGCAGACAUGGAAGAUGGGGAAAAGGAGGACAAAGCCAAAGAGGAGGAGCAAGCCGGGUACCCGUGGGCAGAAGUGACAAAAAAGAAGAAGCGGCGGCAUGGUCAGAAAGUUGAGAAGCCAGAAGCCUUCAUGGCCAAUUUCUUUAAAGGGCUGGAAAUCUACCAGACCAAGUUACUGCAUUACCUGGCCAGGAAUUUCUACAACCUGAGGUUCCUUGCUCUGUUUGUAGCCUUCGCUAUCAACUUCAUCCUGCUUUUUUAUAAGGUCACUGAAGAACCUUUAGAAGAAGAGACAGAGGAUGUUGUGAACCUAUGGAAUUCCUUUAACGAGGAGGAGGAGGAAGAAGCAAUGGUGUUCUUCGUGCUGCAGGAGAGCACUGGGUACAUGGCACCAACGCUGCGGGCUCUGGCCGUUAUCCACACCAUCAUCUCUUUAGUCUGUGUGGUGGGCUAUUACUGCCUGAAGGUCCCUUUGGUGGUAUUCAAAAGGGAGAAAGAAAUUGCCAGGAAGCUAGAGUUUGAUGGCCUGUACAUCACAGAACAGCCUUCCGAGGAUGACAUCAAGGGGCAGUGGGACCGCUUGGUGAUCAACACCCCCACCUACGUGAUCAACAAGUAUGGCGAUCUCUACGGAGCAGAGCGCAUUGCUGAACUCCUGGGUUUGGACAAAAACGCCCUUGACUUUAGCCCAGUAGAAGAAACCAAAGCAGAAGCAGCUUCUCUGGUGUCCUGGCUAAGUUCUAUCGACAUGAAGUACCAUAUCUGGAAGCUGGGGGUUGUUUUUACUGACAAUUCCUUUCUCUACCUUGCCUGGUACACAACCAUGUCAAUCUUGGGCCACUACAACAACUUCUUCUUUGCGGCUCAUCUGUUGGAUAUCGCAAUGGGCUUCAAGACAUUGAGGACUAUUCUGUCAUCUGUAACUCACAAUGGCAAACAGCUGGUUCUGACCGUCGGUCUCCUGGCUGUGGUGGUUUACCUCUAUACUGUGGUGGCUUUCAACUUCUUCCGCAAGUUCUACAACAAAAGUGAAGAUGACGAUGAGCCUGAUAUGAAGUGUGAUGACAUGAUGACGUGUUACCUUUUCCACAUGUACGUGGGUGUGAGAGCAGGCGGCGGCAUUGGCGAUGAAAUUGAAGACCCUGCUGGUGACCCUUAUGAAAUGUAUCGCAUUGUCUUUGACAUCACCUUUUUCUUCUUUGUCAUUGUCAUCUUGCUGGCCAUCAUUCAAGGUCUUAUCAUUGAUGCUUUUGGAGAGCUAAGAGACCAGCAGGAACAAGUGCGAGAAGACAUGGAGACUAAAUGUUUCAUCUGUGGGAUUGGCAAUGACUAUUUUGACACGACCCCUCAUGGUUUUGAAACACACACAUUACAAGAGCACAACUUAGCCAACUACCUGUUCUUUCUGAUGUAUUUGAUUAAUAAAGAUGAAACAGAGCACACGGGUCAGGAAUCCUAUGUCUGGAAGAUGUACCAAGAAAGGUGCUGGGAUUUCUUCCCUGCUGGCGACUGCUUUCGUAAACAGUAUGAAGAUCAGCUUGGAUAAAUCUGAAUGAAAGAAAUGUCACCAUUACAGACUUCCAGUGAAAUACAGUUCUGCAACAUAUCUGAAUUGUCUAAAUGCUUCCCUUACAAGAAAAUGUUUGUUAAAAAUCUGUGUUUUAAAAUUGAUUUGGCUUUUUGUGCCUAAUGGACAUACACAGUGGGAGGUAACCUGUCAAAUCGUGAAAAAGGAUGGCAAGGAAUCUCUACUUGAAUGCUUCGAGUGUUAUGUUCUAAUGCAACUAGUUCGUUGGGAUAAUAGAAUUGAGGAAGGGACUAGAGAAGUUUGAAAUCUUGAAUGCAUAAUACCUGAAAUUUUAAACAUCUGAAUGUCAUAUGACUGUAUCCCACUAGUGGUUCAUGAUCUGAACUACAAAAAAUCAUUUUAACUGCAGUCUAAUUUUUCCCAUGGUACUUGCUAGUGACCGUAUGCAGAAUCCGCUUGAAAAGCUUUAAGCAGUUAAAGAAAUAGAAAAAAAAAAAAAACACUUUGUCGACACUGAAAUAUCGAUUAAGUGCCUUAAAACCUCUUUAGAUAUAGCUAUGCAAGUUUUUUUAUGUUUGUGUUCCAGAAGGACAGUUCCUUUAAUUAGUGGUGUUGAUCUUCUGUCUUACUUUAUGAAACUGCACUUGAAGGGUAUUCAUUUUUUUUUUUCAGUAACAGCUUGUCAAACUGCUGUUAUUAGAAAAGAAGUACUGUACUGAAAAUUCAGAAAAAAAUCUCAUGCCAAAAUUGAGUAAUGCUUUAUGGUCCCUUGUAAGUAGUGGAGCUGCUGUGUUUAAAUGAAUCUUCUCAAAUAAAUAAAAUGAAGUGCCCACUGCAAUAAAAUAACA